AUGGGCCAGGUCGUGAAAACAGCCGUGGAGGCUCUGGCGGCCGAAAAUUCCAAUUUCGUGGAGAUCAGCAAACUCAAAGGAGAUGCAAAAGUGCGAUCAUAUUUCCGACGCGUGCUCUUUAAGCCACCGUGGGAAGAUGCCACUUGGGUCAUGUAUUUCCAGAGCCGGCCCACGAUGUGGGAAUUUGACGAAAAAUCCAUGGGGGUGAAGGUGAAGUCAGACCUUUCAACGCAGAUCGAGGAAGCUGCUCGCUUGAAGCGGCGGAAGGCAGCUUUCCCAGAGGCGUUGUACACGGCUGUCCUGCGUUCCGGCACGCCCGUGGAGACUUCCGCGGUCAUGGCCAACGCGAAGGACAGUGAGAUUGCGGCGCUACCCAUGGAUGCCAUCGAGGCCCUGAUGGGCUCUCUCGGCAACUUGCCGGAGGCUGCGGACCCUCCCACAUUGCAGAAGCAUGCAGAAGCCUCUGUUAAGGUCAUCACGGCCGUGCCUGGCUCCCUGGAGAAGAAGGCUCCGUCCCUGUCAGCGCGUGUCGGGCUUUGA